AUCUGCCCACGUGUUAAACUGCUUUAUCCCCGCCCGAGCUUCAGCCCGACAGACCGCCGCUUCAUUAGUGAACUCGGCACGAGAGUGGGAGAAAGAAAAAAAGUCACCCCGGGUGAGUUAAAUUAAGUUCGAUAAAUCAUUUGUCUGCGGAUUAGAGGGGCGUGUCCCGGUCGCAUAGAUGGAGACCUGGACUGGACACUGACAGAAAAAGACCCGACGCGCCGAACCUGCUGCCGUGCGCUCAGUCCGGGAGGCGGGAGGCGUAAAACAAGUGCACACUGGGAAUUGCAUCACAGCGAGAAGCUGGCAAAGGUGCUCUGGGAAUGGACGCCACCGGAUUUUGGAUAUUCCUGAUAACUGCUUGUGUUAUUCCAGGAAUAAAUGGCCAGACUGUUGAAAUGGAUGAUGGGAAGUGGGGCUUCGCCGGCUCAAAGGUGGAUCUCCGCUGUCGGUUCAUCAACAGCUUCCCACCUGUCAAAAUCUCCCAGGUAACAUGGCAGAAGCUGGUGAACGGCACGAAGCAGAACGUGGCAAUCGCCAAUCCCUCCCUGGGUGUGUCCGUAGCGCCGCCAUACAGGGACCGCGUUACCUUCAAGAAUGCUGCAGUGAGGCGGCGAACUCCGACCCUGGAAGACACCACCAUCACCUUCUCCCUGCUGCGCCUCGCCGACGAAUCCACCUACAUCUGUGAAUACACCACCUUCCCUGCGGGGAACCGGGAAAACGCUGUAAACCUCACCGUCUACGUCCGGCCAACAACUCAGAUGAGUCUGUCCACACCGACGCUGGUGGCGCGUUCAUCCAAUCUGAAAACACCGGUGGCCACUUGCGUCUCUGCCAACGGAAAACCAGCCGGUUCCAUCAGAUGGGAGACGAGGGUGCCGGGAGAAGUGACCACCCGAGAGUACCGGAACUCAGACGGGACCUUCACUGUUCAGAGUGACUAUAUUUUGGUGCCCAGCAGAGAAACACACAAGGAGACGCUCACCUGCGUCACCACCUACAACGAGGAGGUCUUCACUGACAGUGUCACCCUCGACAUUCAGUAUGAGCCAGAUGUUUCGGUGGACGGGUUUGAUGGAAACUGGUAUCUGAACCGAGAGAACGUCCAGCUGAGCUGCCAAGCUGAUGCCAACCCGCCCGUCUCUCUGUAUCAGUGGAGACUAAUUAAUGGCUCCAUACCAAGCAAUGCAGAGAUCCGAGACAACGUCCUGACCCUUAAAGGGCCGGUCACGUAUGACAUGCAGGGCACCUAUGUGUGUGAUGCAACCAACAGCAUCGGGACACGAUCUGGCUCUUUGGAGAUCAGCAUUCUAGAAAAGCCUCUGCCGCAGAUUGCCACUGGUGACGUCAUCAGUGUAAUCGCGUUGUUACUGGCUGCUGGAGUUCUCAUGGGCAUCACCAUCACCGUCCUGGUGCUCAAAAUAAGAAGUAGAAAAGGGAACUCCUCAAACGCCUCCCCGUCCAGAAAAGCUUCCCAGCAGAUGAGGAAAAGACCAGUAGAUGAUAUCCAGCACUCAGGGCGGUUUUAUGAAGAGCUCCCAAACACAGCGGACUACGUUAGCUACAGGCUUGCCUGCAACAAGGAGGACUACCCAGAUCCCUACUCCCCCCCCAUCAAGCCUCCUCUCUCGUUUCUGCCCCAACACCCCUACCACUCCCCUCAACCGCCCACCGCGUCCACCAGCAGCAGCGGCACCAACACGCCAAAAAACACCUUGUCUCCUCCCACCCAUACCACUGCCAUCUUCAAAUACCCAUCGGUGUCCGGCCUGUCUUCUCCUCCCCCGGGAGUGGCGGCGUACACUUUUCCCAAAGAGCAGUACGUGUGAGCCGACACCUUUUUAACAAAAACUCAAACAUCUCCAGCGAUUCCAGAUGAAACGACCAAAUGAAAACUCUUUCUUAAGAGGAGGCUGGCAAAAGUGUGGUGGACCCUGGACUAUCAGGGGACGUUUCUGCACCGACUGCAUUGUUGUGAUCGGCUCUGGGCGUCAAAGGAAUAUUCAGCUGUUCUUGUUGAACUCGGAAUGAACUCCAAUUUUUGAUUUUUUGUUUUGGCUGCUCAUUUUUUGUGUUCUUUGAAAAGGAAACAUUGUGAACCAUGUUCUGGACGUUUAGGGUGGAUGGAGGUCAAGUUAAAUGUUAUUUGACGGUCGGCGUAAAAAAGGAUAUUGCACGGAUUUAUUACAUUUGAUUGGAAGAUACUCCAAGCUAAACGGAUAGGAUUACCUCUUGAUAUUAAUGUGGUUUAGCCCUUAUAAUCCUCUAUUGUAAUAUUUUGUAAGAAAAAAAAGAGAAAAACAAACAUAAUUUUCCUGCUUUGUUUUGAAUACCGACUCUUCAUUCUGUGUCGUACACGCAUGCAACAUCAUAUUCCUGAGGAACCGCAGACCUUUUUGGUUUUACCUUCUUUUAAUACUUUUGCUGUGAUGUAUUUUUUGUAUUGUUUAUGUUUUUUUUUGGUAAAGGACAAAAAUCCCAAAACAUUUUUACUUACUAAAGACAUUUUUGUUGAAAUGUAUGUUUUUAUUUGUGGUAUUUGUGAAUUUUAGUAUUCAUUGACACUGAUUGGAUGAGACUUGAAUUUUUAGCAUUCAAAUAAAACUUGUAACAACGCGGAUUUAAGACAAGAAAAGAAAACCACUCUUCUCUUUCUUUACUAAUUUGUUUUCUCAGAUUCAAUAGAGCAAUAAGAUGUUUUCUUGGACAUUCACAAACUAAAAGAACGGUCUUGUACAUCUUUAUUCAUGAAAACAAGGUGCUUGGGAUACUAGCAAGGUCGUAAAUUGUGGCAUGCAUGGAUGUUUUGGCGAAAAUUGCAUUGACCGCGGAGGGGUCGAGUUGCAAAAUGAAAAAUUGGCUCACUAACACACGCUUUGGAUUAGCCCUCGAUAUUGGGCCAAAGCUAUCUGCCUGAAAUAGGGUAUGUACAUAUGUAAUGUUACAGGAUGUACAAAAAACACUUUUGGAGAAAUACCGCUGUAAUUUAGCAAACUCCUCCUCCUCCUAUGAUUGAAUCAUAUUUGGUUUUUAUGAUCUUGACACUGUAGUGGGGAAAAUAUGUCAAAGGGUUGAAUAUUUACCACACCGUGUAUGCGUGGCGGCACAAAACACCAUUUGUCUAAUCCGCUCCAAAGUCAUAACAUCCUGAUCAUGAUGACAUUAAUAUUACAAUUUUGAACUUUUGUAAGAUCGCCACCUAGUGGCAACAGCAAGUCAUAGGUUGUGCACUUCCACAUCCUCGCAGAUUGAAAAUCCAGCUUGAUUUUGGGACCCGACCAAUGCUGCGUGCAGCUUUAAUUAUGUUGGUGAUUUCAUCAGCGACCUUUAUGCGCUACUGUGUUUGUAGCAGCUAGCUUGUAGAAGCUAGGGCUCAAUGGGUGGCCAUUUUGGGCUAGACACAAAUAUCUCAACUAUUCGUUGGUUGCGGUGAACAUUUAUCUUGUCCCAAUUAGUGAAUGUUAGCAUGCUUACAAAACUUACCCAAAAGGGUGAAAAGGUUUAUUAUAGGCCUGCUAAAUAAUGUUAGCAUCGUUGUUGCGAGCAUGUCAGUAUACUGUUAGCAGUGUGCUCACAGAGCUGCGAUAGCAUCUCUGUAGACUUCCAGUAGGUUGCAACCAGGUCCAGGUUGCACUAAUUAGUCUGGAUUAGAGAAAACCGUAAUUCUAUUAAAUCUCAUUUGCUACUCCCUGACCUACUCAUUGCGUCACGUCACACAGUUCAACCGAUGUUUCAUGGAUUUUGAUCAUAUUGACUUCUAAUGGUUACAUAUUAUAUGUUGAGAAAACAAACUGAUAAAGAGUUAAACAGAAA